AUGGGACCAGCAGGAAGGGAUUCACGAUCUAAACAGGAGAACCCGAGGUACGGUUCCAGAUCAAGGGACAGAGACGCGGGUUCGUCAUCCAAGUUUGGAAAGGAGCGAGACACACGGGACAGCGACAGAAGAUCAAAAGCAAAGAUUGGUGGUUACAGUUUCAAUGUUAGCACAUCUGAGUUAGUAGCUGUUUUAAGAACCCUGAGAGAUAAGGUGCAGUGGCCAAAAGAAAUGAGAUCGAACCUCAACAGAAGAAACCCAAAUUUCUGGUGCGAUUUUCAUAAUGAUCACGGUCAUAAAACAACAGAGUGCAGAUUAUUACAAGGUGAAGUAGAACACUUGUUAAAUCAAGGUUACUUAACCGAUUUGUUUAGUGAGAAGGGUAAGCAAGCAUAUAUGAAGAAUAGACAGGAGCCGCCAAAACCUCCGUCACCAAAACGAACGGUUAAUGUCAUAAGCGGAGGGGAGGAGGUCAAUGAUGGCGUGCUGAUCCCGCACAAUGAUGCACUGAUGCAAGCUGAUGACAAAUUGGUGCCCAAAGCACGCACCUUAUCUGGAUUUGACAAUUCAAGCAUUGUUACAAAAGGGGAGAUAAUACUCACCGCAUUCGCAGAAGGAGUAGUUAAAGAUAUGAAAUAUCAAGUAAUAGAUAUGAACAUGGCGUACAAUAUGAUCCUCGGCAGACCUUGGAUUCACGAGAUAGAUGUUGUUCCGUCUACUUUACAUCAAGUUAUUAAGUUCCCUUUGCAAUGGGGAAUUAGGCAAAUCCGUGGUGAUCAACAGGUUUCUAAAAGUAUCAAUUCAGUGGCAGAUUCAAGCAUACAAAAUGACGUUGCAGAUGAAAAAUAG